ACCAUAGAAAACUCACCAUGAUGCCUCUCUGGAUACUACUGUUCCUGGCAGUUGCUGCUGCUGCUCCUCUGGAUGAUGAUAAGAUUGUUGGGGGAUACGAGUGCACCCCUCACUCCCAGCCCUGGCAAGUUUAUUUCACACAGAAUAGCCAAGUCUUUUGCGGCGGAUCCCUAGUCACACCAAGGUGGAUUAUUUCUGCUGCUCAUUGCUACCGGCCACCCAAGACCUUGGUUGCUCACCUUGGAGACCAUGAUCUUACAAAGGAGGAAGGAACCGAGCAGCACAUCCAAGUGGAGGCCGCCUAUAAGCACUCCAGCUACAAAGAUGAAGCUUAUGACCAUGAUAUCAUGUUGGUUAAACUAGCGAAACCUGCUCAGUAUAAUCAGUAUGUUCAGCCCAUCCCAGUGGCAAGAAGCUGCCCAAGAGAAGGGACUGAGUGCCUUGUGUCUGGCUAUGGGAAUCUGCGUUCAGAUCAUAUAGGAGAAUUCCCUGACAGACUGCAAUGUGUGGAUGUGCCAGUCCUGUCUGACUCCAGCUGUAAAGCUUCAUGUCGCGGACUGUUUACUGAGAAUAUGUUCUGCGCCGGCUUCUUGGAAGGCGGCAAGGAUUCAUGUCAGGUUGAUUCUGGUGGCCCAUUGGUUUGUAAUGGAGAACUCUAUGGAGUGGUCUCAUGGGGAUGGGGCUGUGCCCAACGCAAUGCUCCAGGAGUGUACGCUAAAGUCUGUAAUUAUCUACGCUGGGUGCAAAACAUUAUAGAGAACAACUAAAAGUCAUCCGACUCCUAUAACACCUUGAAGUGAUUGUAUUGCACCCUGUAUAACAUGCAACAACUCCUUUGCUGUUAAUGAAUUACAGUUCCCAAAAUCCCCUGCCAAUUAUAUCAUAUAUUCUGCAGUUUCCAUAUUAUACUGUAUAUGCAACAGCCAACAGUGAUUUAAUAUGUCGUUCUAUGUGAUAAAAGUCCACAACCAUGAAUAAAACAACCGAAAGCAUCAUUCCACAUGGCUUAUUACCUUUAUAAAAAAAACAAUCAGCAAUAAAAUUUGAACAUGUUAAAAAACAAAA